UGAUGGAUGCUCUGCGCAAUCCCGAAACACCUCGACCGGCCGGAGAAUAGGUCGGUGAGAUUGCGCGACACUCACGGGAGAUGCACAACAGGUUUUGGAUCCGAGCGACUACUAUCUCAACGAAUUCAUUCCAGCGGCGGUUCCUUGCAAGCUGGGAACACUACCUGAAGGGAACCGCACAACAAGCGGAAGAUAGGUCGUGCUCACACAUCUGUACCGUCUCCAGCUAUCUCAAGGUUCGGCGGCAAACCAUCGGAGUGAUGCCCUCUCUAGCCUUCUUCCAGAUAGAAAUGGACAAAGCGCUGCUCAAGGAUGGGGGUCGCAAAUCAUCGCUUGAAGUAGAGAUGGAUAUUGUGGGCGGUCACAAUAUGACUUAAGACUAUUCAGACGAUGUCCAUACAGGGUUCGAAUUCCGCUUCUUGUGUUACACAUGGCAGUGUUUAAUGCUGUAGUGGUGAUAAGCCCAUCUGAAUGCGGAC